AGCUUGUCAGAUACAUUGUGCCAUUUCAGGUUGUGGAGUCUUUGUGGGAAAAUCCGCAUACCGGGAUUGCAGGCUGUUUUAUGAAAAGAGCUUUGGUUAUUUAAUGACAAGUAUUGAUCGAAUGAACUACCGGAUAUAAAUCUGCUCUUUCUACUGAGUCAAGAAAAGAUAAAAAACUAUAUCUCCUGAUUCCAUUGCCGGGAGAAAGAGGGAACUUCGGCUAUUGUUUCGUUCAAAACAAGUAAAGAAGAUCGUUGCAGAACUGCCCUCUAUUGGAUAUCAUCUGCAGCCGAGGACGCGCAUCAUUCAGAAUAACUAUCCGUUGUAUUUUCUAGAACUUGUCAUUGAGACGUCGAGCACCUCCCGCCCCCUCGCCUCUAUUCCAAAAUACUAGAGGGGGGUUAGGCAGCGGAGAGCUGCAGCACUGGAUGAAACACGGGAUUCAAGGUAGACUGAGGAUAGCCUGCUGCCUGAUUCCACCACUAUAUAAACCUCUAUUUGGACGCUUUAUAUUCAGUCACCUAACUCCGGUAAAGAACGCAUCAUCUCGGUUGUUCGGUUGUGCGUAAAUUGCGCCGUGGAUAUCUUUCCAGCUCGCGGGAGAUCCGCUCAUCGAUCUACGGUCCGUUCCACCGUUUCGAGUUGCGUAGUUCAGAGCUACUGAACGUAGGGAUAACUAGUCAGUUAAGUAUUGGCGCUUUCCACGUCGGGCUCGCAUUAAUUCAUUAGUUUGAAAGUAGUUUUCACAUCGACUUCGCGUCUCAAGGUAACGGCGUAUUCCGAACCAACGGACGGACUGGAAGUUGCAUGCCUGGUGUAAAUCAUCUGGACUGAACAUAUUCCAUCCACUCGGGGGAAGCUAUCACAGAGGUCCGGAGAGUUGGAAGUGCCAUGACGAUGUUGGCGAGUGUUUGGAUUGUCCUCCUGGCUGUCAAUAUACAAGCUGGAGAUGGACAGAGUGUCCAGAUGGACUCCAUUAAGUCAGGCUUCGUGGGCUCCCAGGUGGAGCUGCGUUGUAUCUUCGUUAACUCCAACCCCCCGGUCAAGAUCUCUCAGGUGACAUGGCAGAAGUUCCUGAACGGCACCAAACAGAACGUGGCCAUCGCCAACCCGUCGCUGGGUGUCUCCGUGCUCCCGCCCUUCAAGGAGAGGGUGACCUUCAAGCAGGCGGCGGUCCGCCACCGCACCCCAUCUCUGGAGGACACCACCAUCAUGUUCUCCAACCUGAGGCUGUCUGAUGAGGCUGCAUACAUCUGCGAGUACACCACCUUCCCUGCUGGGAACCGAGAGAACAUGGUCAACCUCACCGUGUUUGCCCGACCUCUGACCCGAAUGACCUUGACCACGCCCACCAUCGUGGCCCGCCCCCAGAAACGUAAGAUGACCGUGGCGACGUGCCUCUCGGCCAAUGGGAAGCCUCAGAGCGUGAUCAAGUGGGACACGCGGCUGAAGGGCGAGGCCACAUUCCAGGAGACGCAGAACAGCAACGGCACGGUGACCGUCCGCAGUAACUAUGUGGUCGUGCCGAGCAGAGAGACACACAAACAGAAACUCACCUGCAUCGUAACCUACCGCAACGAGAGGAUUACGGACAGUGUCGUGCUCAACGUGCAGUAUGAACCGGAGGUGAAGAUCGAGGGUUUUGAUGGUAACUGGUACCUGAACCGUCAGGACGUCAGCCUCACCUGCAACACUGACGCUAACCCCCCUGUCACCGUCUACCAGUGGAAACUGUUGAAUGGAUCUCUUCCCAGCACCGUGGAGAUUCGUAACAACUCUCUGAUCUUCAAGGGGGCAGUGACCUACGAGUUAGCUGGAACAUACGUGUGCGAUGCCACCAAUGGGAUCGGGACUCGUACAGGUCUGGUCGAGGUUAACGUCACUGAGAAGCCGAUGGCCCGGGGUCCUCCUGGAGGAAUAUUGGGGGUGCUGGGAGGGGUUGUAGCCGCUGGUCUCCUCAUCGCCGUGGCUGUCACAGUCUUCAUGGUUUACCGGCGGCAGCAGAAGACACGCACCGAGACUGACAAUGACCUGACCGACCUCCCGCCCGCCCACAAGCCGGCCCCUCCCCCGCCCAAAAAGAAGAGCAGCGAUUUGAAGGGCCACUUGACAUCCGAUGACAUCCAGGUGGUUCAUCUGGACAAGGGCGAGGACAUGCAGAAGCUUCCUCUCCAGCCUCCCUACUACGAUAUGGCGCCCUCCGAGUCAACCCCUUUCACUGACAAGCCGAACUCUGACCACAAGGACUGUGAUGUCCAGUAUGCGGAGCUGGAUACUGCGGCUCUGGCCUCCUCUCCCAGCCCACGAAGCUCAGUUCAAACUGCCGGGGACCUUGUCGAGUAUGCAACCAUCCAGUCUAGCUCCCACUAGCGCAUGCCAUUAUAGGCCUUUUCCCUCCGACUCUGGCCUCAAGAACUGUGGGUGGCAAGAACCAUCCAACCCGGCUGAACAUGUGAGCUACCAUCGAGUCUACAACAAGGAACACUGUCUCGAGUCACAACCAACUCAGGCCUACCCCCCUCCUGUUACCUUCUUACCCCAGAACCCCUACACACAUCCUCUCUCCAACAACCCCCUGUACCCCGCCAGCUACCCCGCCCAAGGCCAAGGUCAGGGCGAGGCGCCACGGCCCCUCUUCCCUAAGGAGCAGUCCGUGUGAACCCCUGAAAU